AUGUUCUGCAGAUAUUUUUGCUUCUUCAGUUUGUGUCUUUUCCUUCCAACCCAAAGGAGGUGCUCCCUGGGUCACGUAUCCGGCUUGCACGGAAGCGACACAACAUCCCUCCCUGGAUUUGAGAACCUCACCAUGGGAUACAACAAAUACCUCAGGCCCUACUUUGGUGGAGAACCUGUUCAAAUUGCAAUGAGUCUGGACAUUGCAAGUAUUUCUAGUAUAUCCGAGAGCGACAUGGAUUACACAGCUACUAUAUAUUUGCGGCAACGCUGGACAGACCCCCGGUUGGUCUUUCACGGCAACAAGAGCUUCACGCUAGAUGCUCGUCUAGUGGAACUGCUCUGGGUACCAGACACGUACAUUGUGGAAUCAAAAAGGUCCUUCCUGCACGACGUCACUGUGGGGAACCGCCUCAUUAGACUGUUCUCUAACGGCACUAUCUUGUAUGCCUUAAGAAUCACUACUACUGUUGCAUGUAACAUGGACCUGUCAAAAUACCCCAUGGACACACAAACAUGCCGACUGCAGCUAGAAAGCUGGGGAUAUGAUGAAAAUGAUGUCAUCUUCACAUGGUUGAGAGGAAAUGACUCUGUCCAUGGCAUAGAAAAGUUGCGUCUCUCUCAGUACACAGUGGAACGUUACUAUACCCUGGUCUCAAAGUCACAGCAGGAAACAGGCAGUUACCCACGACUGAUACUGCAGUUUGAGCUGAGAAGAAAUGUCCUUUACUUCAUUUUGGAGACCUAUGUGCCCUCCACUCUGCUCGUCAUGUUGUCCUGGGUUUCUUUUUGGAUCACAUUGGAUUCGGUGCCUGCGAGAACCUGCAUUGGAGUAACGACAGUGCUUUCCAUGACAACUCUGAUGAUCGGCUCGCGAAGUUCACUUUCGAAAACCAACUGUUUCAUUAAGGCCAUUGAUGUUUACCUCGGCAUCUGCUUCAGCUUCAUAUUCGGUGCCCUUGUGGAAUAUGCAGUGGCUCACUACAGCUCAUCACAAAAGUGUGCAGCUAAAGCACCUCAAGAGGGGCCAGCAAAUGAAUUCACUAAAGAAAUGGAAGAAGUCAACAUCACUAACAUCCUCAACAGCUCCAUCGCCAGCUAUAAACGGAAAAUCAGCUUUACAAGCAUUGAGAUUUCCAGCGAUAAUGUUAACUGCAGUGACUUGACCAUGAAAACUCAUGAGAAAAUCAAAUGUGUCUUGAGAAACAAAAUGCACAGGAUUAUUGGCUAUUUCACAAUUCAGAACCCCAGCAAUGUAGACCACUACUCCAAAUUGCUUUUCCCUUUGUUUUUCAUGCUGGUCAAUGUGUUUUAUUGGGCUUAUUACCUAUAUUUUUAG